AUGUUCUGCUGGUUGUUGACCCUGCCUUCCUCCCACCCCUCCCACCCCUGCCUCCCCUCACCCCCCUUCGUGUCUAAAGGCUACGACUUUGCCGCCGUGUUGGAGUGGUUUGCAGAGCGCGUGGACCGAAUCAUCCUCCUCUUCGACGCCCACAAGCUGGACAUCUCAGACGAGUUCUCGGAGGUCAUCAAGGCCCUGAAGAAUCACGAAGACAAGAUCCGGGUGGUUCUAAACAAGGCAGACCAGAUUGAGACGCAGCAGCUGAUGAGGGUCUAUGGCGCCCUCAUGUGGUCGCUAGGGAAGAUCGUCAACACACCCGAGGUGAUCCGUGUCUAUAUCGGGUCAUUCUGGUCGCACCCGCUGCUCAUCCCCGACAACCGUAAGCUGUUUGAGGCGGAGGAGCAGGACCUGUUCAAGGACAUCCAGUCCCUACCCCGCAACGCUGCCCUCAGGAAGCUUAAUGACCUCAUCAAGAGAGCACGCCUCGCCAAGGUAAGCUCUAACCAAACACAUGCAUGGACGGACACACGCUUGCACACACACAUUCUCUCACAAAAGUAAGAGUGGAUAUUACUCCUAAGCACUAUGUUAUGUCAUUUUGGCCUGAGUAGGAAGUUCUCUUUUAUUAAGUAUUAAGUAUUGUAGCUCAGCUGGUAGAGCACGGCGCUUGUAACGCCAAGGUAGUGGGUUCGAUCCCCGGGACCACCCAUACACAAAAAUGUAUGCACGCACGACUGUAAGUCGCUUUGGAUAAAAGCGUCUGCUAAAUGGCAUAUUAUUUUUUAAAAAUUAUUAAGUCAUUUUUUGAAAGAGAAGAAAAGUAUUUGUUAAAGAGGUCUUUUGAAUGGAACAGAAUCUCCAUACAGGAGUUGCUACUGAACUUAAUAAGCUACCCAUCCUGUGACCAGGAACUAUAAUACAGUGACUCACAAUGCAAGAGUAAUGACUGCAAUUACAUCCACUUUGUUAGGGUAAGAUAUCCUUCCCCUACUGAGCGAAGCUGCAAUCCCUCUCCCCAGGGCAACAUUGUGUGACUGCGUGGUGAGAUGAGGGCUGGUACAGUGGCUGUACCAGGGUGCCUUCCCAGCUGAGCUACACUUUAAUAGAGUCAUAACGCAUUGGUGGCACUAAGAAAACACAAAGUCACACCAAAUCAAUUAUCAGUCACAGGUCACUACUGUUCACUUGGCAUAGAGCAUUGAUUGCAAUUGGAUGUAAACAAGGUAUGGUAGAUGGAGUUAGUCAUGGGACAAAUCUUGACCUCAGAUUGACCUCGGAUUUCUCUUAAAGUUUUUCGAAUGCGAUUUUUUUCCAGGACAAAGGAAUGUUAUUUAUAACUUGCAUCAGGCAGUUUGGAAACAAUUCUCUUUCUUUUGUUCUUUUUUUUACUGGUCGACAAAUACUGUUAGGCAACAGUUCUAAUGAGGUGACAAAGUAGCAUUUGUAACCAGUUACUGUGACGUCUCAGGCAAAUUUGAUUUGCAGUACAAUCUUAUCAGCCCAUAGCUAAAUGAUAGUGUGUGUGUGAUCAGGAACAGUGGGGAGUGUUUAAUUGAUGAGUUUGUCGGAAUUCCUGGGAUGAACUUGGUCUUACCAUGUGGUUCCAACUGGAUCCAGAUGUGUUAGUGUCUGUCUGUGAGGGCCUGGUCUGUGGCUGGGGGAGGGCUGGAUGAAUGGAGAGAUGGAUGAAGGGAUGGAGGGAUGGGGUGAUCGAAUAGGAGAGCCAAACAGGGAGGUGGGGAGAUAUUGAAUGAUCUGCAGAAAGACCUUGAGAGAGCAUCAGCAGUGUUUGUUCCAGUAACGACAAGACGUAAGCUCUGAUUUCCAUUCCCAGGGCACUUUUCCUGCUCUCUUCUGAUGUGGCUCACGUUUCAGAAUCACACAGUGGGCCCCAAGGACAUCUGAUUUGCCCUUGUUCAUAUUAAAACAGAAAUAUCAGCUUCUUGUCCAGUUAGUGUGGAAUGGAACUUAAUUAGAUAGUCAUCAGAGAGCAGUGAGACAGAGGAGAGAUCUUUCUGUUGUAAUUGAGAGAGAGAAAGAGAGAGAGAAAGAGAGAGAGAGAGAGAGAGAGAGGGGGGGGGGGUGCUGGGUAGCAGUUCUGAGGCUGGGUAGCAUUGACAUGACAUGCCACCUGAGCUCAGCAGGUUAUUAUGUCAUAGCCAUUACAGUGGCUUAACUCUGGGCUUCCUCUCCUAUUAGCCUCAUACCAGUCUAUGUGACUGAGGACCAGGUCCUCUGUUGUCAUACAAUACAGGCACCACCUCAUCUCAACCCUUCAUAUGGCUGUUCUGGAGAUCACACAGCCACAGCAGGAAGUCCUGCAGAGGGUCUGUGUUUGUGUGUGUGCCUGUGUGUGUGUUUUGGGGGCAUCCCUGGCCACAGUCCAAGGAAUCACCCCCAAACAGGUGGUCACCUUGAGAGAAGAUGGUAACCCACCUCCGGCCUCCUCCUGUCCCCUGUCCCCCUAUUCCUGGUCCAUGGAACCUGGUCCAUGUCCUGUCCUAUGCCCCUGUCCUGACCAGACCAGAGAGGUGGGCUUCCUCUGCUGUCAGCAGCAGUGUGCUCAUCCAUCCGCCAAAGGGAAACCGAGGCAGAGGAUACAGAGGUUCCACUGAAGGAGCUGGUGACUCAUGUAGUGCCACCCCUCGUGUGAUGACAUUAUGUUCCCCUUCUCUCUCAGAUCUAGGAAACUCCAAGGAAGGGGAACCUCUUGUGUAGCCGGAUGUGAUACCUGCCACAUGCUCUCUCAUAAAACUGCUUUAAGUGCCUCCUUCCUGUCAUUUAUUUUGAGUUUCAAGGACAUCUGAGAUAUUUGGAGGAACUUAAAGAGUCCUUAGUGGCACAAUAGACACAUAAACAAAACAAUAUUUCUAGCUAUGACCCAAGAGGAGCUGGCUACAACCCCUUUAUGGGUCCCAAUCCAGUAUUUGAGGAAGCAUAUAUGAGUGAUUUUUCUCUGCCUCACUCAGUCUUAACAGACAGUCCUGCUGUGUUCUGCUCUGUGCCCCGUUAGGUCCAUGCCUAUAUCAUCAGCUCUCUGAAAAAGGAGAUGCCCAGUGUGUUUGGGAAGGAGGGCAAGAAGAAAGAGCUGAUUAACAGUCUGGGAGAGAUCUACAGCCGCAUUGAGAGAGAACACCAGAUCUCCCCUGGAGACUUCCCCAACCUCAAGAAGAUGCAGGUAAGAUAGAAAGACGGGGCUUCUCUUGAGUAAAGCUAAGGGUAGGUGUAAAAUAUAUCAUAUGGGCUGGACAGACGACAUCAUACCAUAAAUACCUAAAAACCUUGAAAUAUAAAAUGACUACGAACAUGACUCACAUUGCAAUGUUUACCAAGAGAGCCUGAUGGAUAAAGCCCACAAUCUGUGCUGUUUUCAAGCAAAGACAAAAUCCUGUGAUUACUGAGCUAACACACAAACUGCCCUACUGGGACUGCUUUGAGCCAUGGUGACAAAACAAGCUCCUUUCUGAUUGGUUGUGAUCAGCAAUUAGAUCUGAACCACCCCCAGUCCAUCUGGGCCUGAUGAACUCCUUACUGAGAGAAGCACCAACAUGACUUUUCUCAGGGUAGAAAAUAAACAGUAGUCAUGUUGAUCCUUUCUGACAUAUCUCUGAUUCACAGACCAGGACAGUCAUGUAUCUUGUUCUGACUCCCUCUCACACAUAAGAGACUGUAGAGAUGUAUCAACUAAGAUCAGCUUGACCCUGAUCCUGAACCCAAACUAUGUUUGUAGUGAGUAAGACACAGCUCUUUUGACCUCUUACCUCUGCCCUCUCUCCCCUCUUAUAGGAGCAACUGAAUGCCCACGACCUGAACAAGUUCCAGCCCCUGAAGAUAAAACUGCUGGACUCGGUGGACGACAUGCUGGCCCACGACAUCGCCGGUCUCAUGGUUCUGGUCAGGCAGGAGGAGACCAACCGACCCCAGAAGGUGGUGAAGGGAGGGGCCUUCGACGGCACCCUCAAUGGGCCCUUCGGCCACGGCUACGGCGAGGGCGCCGGGGAGGGUAUCGAUGAGGCAGAGUGGGUGGUGGCCCGUGACAAGCCCAUGUACGACGAGAUCUUUUACACGCUGUCGCCGGUCAAUGGGAAGGUGACUGGCGCCAAUGCCAAGAAAGAGAUGUUGAAGUCCAAGCUUCCCAACACGGUGCUGGGGAAGAUCUGGAAGCUGGCUGACAUCGAUAAGGACGGGAUGCUGGAUGAUGAGGAGUUUGCCCUGGCCAAUCACCUGAUCAAAGUCAAACUGGAGGGGCACGAGCUGCCCGCCGACCUCCCCGGUCAUCUCAUCCCCCCCUCCAAGAGGAAAAUCCCUGCUGAGUAG